UGCGGUCGCCGAGUAAAAAUUGAUUUUAUUAAUGGCCGUCGCUGGAGCAAAAUAAAAACACACAAACUUGACUUCAAAUUUGGCCUUUUUCGCCCCAAAAACUGAUCUGUGGCUGGAGUCUGCAAAGUCCUAGAUGGGCUACGGAAGCCGUUCUCCAAGUCCGAGGCGCCGCGAACGCGAUCGCGAGCGUCGCAGCAAGCGCGGCAGAUCGCGCGACCGAGGCGAGCGCCGACGCAGGUCAAGAUCUAGAGACAGGUCAAGGUCGAGGGAGAGGUCGCGUGAAAGAGACCGUUCGAGGGAACGCGAAAGGGACAGGUCGAGGGAAAGGGAUCGCUCCAGGGACAGAGAUCGGUCGAGGGAUUUCAGCCGAAGAAGGUCACGCUCGAAAUCACCAUCGACGUCAAAGACUAAGGCCAAGAAACAGGGCGAACGACCAGAGGUCACUGAAAAAGACUUGGAGGGCAAGAGCGCCGACGAAAUCGAAAUGAUGAAGAUGAUGGGUUUUUGCUCGUUUGACUCGACCAAGGGCAAGCAAGUGACAGACAAAGACCCUGGGGCUGUGCAUGUGAUUCUGAAACGUAAAUACCGCCAGUACAUGAACAGAAAGGGUGGUUUCAAUCGGCCACUGGACUUUGUUGCUUGAACCAUCUGGAUAAUUUAUUUAAAAUUCUUUCAAACCUCCGUUCAAAGUGCUGAUUUUUGCCCUCUAAUCCGCUCGGGUCACAGAGUUUUACCUCAAGCAGAUGCCUUCUUCUAAAAUAUUUGACACGCCUGAGCGAAAAGUAAUUUCGUAGGAAUGGAUAUUAAUCUGUGUGUCAUGAUUACCUCCGUCUCAUCAGGGAUAUCAGACGAACUGUAAUACCUCUUGUAUCAAAAACUUCUUGAUGUGGUAUUGGUUUGAAUAAAGUACGAUUAUUAAUAUAAAAA